UUCAGUUCAGGUGAGUUGUCAGGGGAGGGAUAGUCUGACAUGAGAUAAAGGUUGUUGGAAUGUAGGUGAACACGUGAAACCACAUGUUGUUGACUGGAUUCUCUCUUCUUUUUCUUUAUUUUCAGCAAUUGUUGGUUUCUCUCUGUUAGUGUAUUCUCCCUGUCUCCAUUUUCUUUUUCAGUAUUCUCUUACUGAAAGCAUGAUUUUACAGGUUUAGACCAACAAGGAUAAGUCCAAUCAAUUUCUUAAUGGAAGUAUAUUUAGGGCCUUGAGCAAAUGGUGUGGUGGUAGAUGGGUUUCUGGGCCUCCACUGAAUCUUGAACUGAUGAUGGAUUGGCCUGGCCAUAAAUGCAUAGCCACUAUGUUGCUUUUGGUAUCUGAAUUCUGAUAUGGGACUGUCGCUUUCAAUGGUGUAGCCCCUUGGUCUGUAGCUGGGAUGCUGCCUUUGGUUUUGCUCCAUGGAGGAAGAGGUGUUGCAUGAGUCCAGCGUGGACAAAACUCUAGAAAGUCCACGUCAGUCCUCCAGCACCGUCAGGGGGGAGGGGGAGGGGAGAAGCCCGAAGGCAAGAAGAUCUGAAGAAAAGUAGUUGAAGAAGGGAGCGUGCGUGGCAGUGUGAUUGCAUGGGAGUGUCUUAGCUGUCGGUUGGGCAGACAACUUUAGGACUGUAGGGCAUUAACGUAAUUCGACACCCGAAACGAAACUGCAAAACCCACUUCGAUUCUUCACGUCACGUAGAUAGAUUCCAGUCUCGUUGUGUCCUCUUUGGUCAUUUCCUCUCACCACCCCCCGAAAAACACCCCUUCCCAUCUUCUUCUUCCUCGCUUCGACCCUUCCAAAAAAGGAGAAAAACGAGCGUUUCGCAAAAGUGAAAUGCUCCUCACACCUCCCAACCCCGACCACCACUUCUCUGCCUGCUGAUCUUCACUUCCACCGCCCAUGGACUCAGACUCCGCCUCCGCCUCCGCCUCCGCCUCCACCUCCACCUCUCAACCCUCCCGGCGAACCCACUACAGCUUCGAUCUUAACGAAAUUCCUUUACCUUCCCCUCGUCACCAUACGAUUCCCGAAACCGCCGCUCCCUCCACUUCCGCUGAAGUUUCCGCUCCUGCAUGCGGCGGAAGAGCCAAAGUCGAAACUCCCGCGGUUGUCUGCGGCGGCUGUGGCGGCUGCGGCGCGCAAUGUUUGGAUACGAGACAACUAGAAGCUGUUAGGGCUGGGCAAUGGAUGUGUACAAGAUGUACGGGAAAUGGAAAUGGAAAUGGUGGAAGUAGUGGAAGAGUACCGGAGCGGAAUCGCCUCUUCGAUAUCAAUGCGAUGCCGCCGAGUGAUGAGGAGGGCGAUGGGAGCGAGGAAUUGCAGAAUUCUAGAAGUAGAAAUGAAUCCUCAAAUCUUUCAAGAUCCAGUUACUUUAAACACAGUCAAGAAAAUUUUAGAACCAGUUUUAAUGCGGAGAUCUUGUCUGGCAGGGAGGUUGAUGAUUUUCAGCACUACAAAUUCAGAAACAAUUUAAGGGUUACAGCGGCUGAACCCGAGGAAAUGGGUGGGUGCGACUUCCAGUAUGCUAAUAAUGAAUUUCCAGUUCAGUUCGAAGAUUUCUAUAUUCUCUCUCUGGGGAAGAUUGACUCACGACCUUCAUAUCAUAAUUCUAGCCUGAUAUGGCCUGUAGGUUAUAAAUCCAGCUGGCAUGAUAAGAUUACUGGCUCUUUUUUUGUAUGUGAUGUCUUGGAUGACGGUGAUUCUGGUCCAGUUUUCAAGGUUCGAAGAUUUCCAUGCUCCAUGCAGCCCAUUAUUAAUGCAUCAACAGUUUUAUCGAUGCCAAACUUUACCCAAAAUGAUGUUAAAAACAAAGUGGGAAGUGACAAUUCAGCUUCUUUUGGUAUGGAUGAUGAUGAUGAUUCCAGUAUUCAGAUGAUAUUCUCAGAGAAUGACCCUCCAAAUCUUGAUUAUGAUGUUUUAUCAUGUUCUCAGAAUGGUUUGAAUGAAGAUUGUGAUGUUCAAACAAAGAGUAGUUCACAAACAGAAUCCAAUUGCCGCCUUCUACAAAGUUCUGGAAAACUUGUGCUGAGUAAUUUAAGGGUGGAGGAUAAUAUUGGUGAGUUUCUAGUAGAAGCAAGCUCAUCAUCUUCAGCAUGGAGUAAGGUAUCUCAGACUGUGGUGCAUGCAUGCUGUGAAGCAUACAAGCAGACAGGUGUUCUCCAGUUUUGUUGCAAGCAUGAUCUAGAUCAAAUAUGGACACCAUAUGCAACCUUGAAUGCUGAUGCAGCAGCAUCUAUUGGGUCAUUAGCCAAGUUUUGCAAUUUUUGUGGUCCUAUUAACAUUCCGUGUUGUAUUCAGAAUGACAGCGUGCUUGAUACUUCUUGUGACGCAUUGAUAAAAUGGUUAGACCAAGACAGAUUUGGACUGGAUGUUGAAUUUGUACAAGAAAUCAUAGAACAUCUUCCUGGGGUUCAUGCCUGUUCAGAAUAUGAAUUUCUGAAUAGAAGAACUCACAAUUCAACACCACAAACAUUUAGAAGUGGGUUUCUUCUUGCAAAAAGGAAGAGUGAGGUGCAAGGUGGGGAAAAAGCAGGUAAUUUAUUCAAAUGUAAAAGACCUAGGAAACAGGUGGUUGAAAGCCCUGUCAUAAGGGAUUGCUGUCCUCCUGGAAAGCCAUUAAGCUUAACACUUCCUGCCGAUUUGAUUGGUGAUGUUCUUCAGAUUUGGGAGUCAUUAUGGCGGUUCUCCGAGGUUUUGGGGCUGGAGGAACCUAUAUCAUUUGAAGAGCUUGAAGAGGAACUUUUGGACCCAUGCUUUGAUGGUUUAAAUUCACUAGAAAACAAAGAAAAUGGAACACAGGGUGGUAGAGAUUUGUGUAGAAGUGAUGGCACAAAUGGAUGUAACUUGUCUCUAUGCAGUGCUUCUGCAUCAGGUGUUUCUGGGAAGAAUGCACAAGCAUUAAAUACAAUGGAAACAGAGUCUAAGAGAGAAGCUUCUCAAGCUAGAUUGGCAUCUCAUAACUAUGGCAGAUUUAUUGGGGUAGCUUUGACUAAGGCUCACAGCGCACUGCUGAAAGUUCUGGUAGGUGAAUUGCUAUCCAAGGUUGCUGCUUUUGCUGACCCUAAUUUUGAUGCUGGAGAGUCUAAAUCUAGACGGGGAAGGAAGAAAGAUGCAGAUAACUUAAUUCCUGUUAAGAAAAUGAAGGUUGACAAGCUCCCAAUUAAUGAACUUACUUGGCCAGAAUUAGCUCGGAGAUACAUUUUAACCAUCUCAUCCUUGGAGGGGAAAUUUGACUGUGCAGAAAUUAAUAGCCGCGAGGGUUGGAAAGUGUUUCGUUGCCUACAAGGUGAUGGCGGGACACUUUGUGGUUCACUUACAGGAGUGGCUGGAAUGGAAGCGGAUGCACUGCUGCUUGCAGAGGCUACAAUCAAAAUCUUUGGUUCAGUGAAGAGUAAAAAUGACAUUCUGAGAAUAGAUUGCAUCAAAUCUGAUGCAGUUGGUGCUUACAAAACUGCUGAGUUGAAUGAUGGUGAAAUUCCAAAGUGGGCUCAAGUGUUAGAACCUGUGAGAAAGCUGCCCACAAAUGUGGGAGCCAGAAUUAGGAAGUGUGUCUAUGAUGCUUUAGACAAUGAUCCACCAGAAUGGGCAAAGAAGAUAUUGAAGCACUCAAUCAGCAAAGAAGUUUACAAGGGCAACGCAUCAGGGCCUACCAAGAAAGCUGUUAUCGCAUUGCUGGCAGAUGUCCACAGUGGAAAUGUUCAAAGGAGACCUGACAAGAAAAGGAAAGGGAAGCGUGUUCGUUCUGCUUCUGAUCUCAUAAUGAAACAAUGCAGAACUGUUCUACGUCGUGUUGCUUCUACAGAUAAAGAAAAAGUUUUCUGUAAUUUGCUGGGAAGAAUUAUGGAUCCAAAUGAUAACGACGAUAAGGGACUUCUUGGAUUUCCUGCAAUGGUAUCCCGUCCAUUAGAUUUCAGGACCAUUGAUCUGAGAUUGGCCGUUGGAGCGUAUGGUGGAUCAAAUGAAGCCUUCCUCGAGGAUGUCCAGGAGGUUUGGCACAAUAUAUGCAUUGCUUAUAGGGAUUCUGAUGACAUCAGUUUGGCUGAAGCAUUAUCUAAAGAUUUUGAAUCAUUGUAUUCAAAAGAGGUUCUCACCCUCGUCCAGAAAUUUAUGAGUUAUGCAAAUGUUGAAUUUUUAAAUGCUGAGGCCAAGAAAGAGCUUGAAGAUACCAUUGCAUGUGCAGAUGAGAUUCCCAAAGCUCCCUGGGAUGAGGGCCUCUGCAAAGUGUGUGGUGUAGAUAAAGAUGAUGACAAUGUUUUAUUGUGUGAUGCUUGUGAUUCUGAGUACCAUACAUAUUGCUUAAACCCCCCUCUUGCUAGAAUUCCUGAAGGAAACUGGUAUUGUCCUUCUUGUGUUGCUGCUCAGCGUCUCAGUCAGGGCACAUCACGAAGUGCUGAGGUCUUUAGCCGAUGCCGAAGAAAGAGAUAUCAGGGAGAGUUUACUCGCACAUAUCUGGAAACUCUGACCCAUUUGGCAACUAUAAUGGAAAUAAAAGAGUAUUGCGAGUUGAGCAUAGAGGAGAGAGUAUUCCUCCUAAAGUUUUUCUGUGAGGAAGUGCUGAACUCUGCUAUCAUUCGUGAACACCUAGAGCAAUGUGCCUCUUUAUCAGCUGAUUUGCAGCAGAAAUUACGUACACUCUCUUUAGAGCGGAGAAACCUGAAAUUGAGGGAAGAAAUCCUAGCUGUGAAAGUGGAAAAAGCCAACUCAGUUGGGCUUGAUGGGGUUGGUGGCGAAGCUGGAACAGAAGCAGUGGCUAUGAUGCUUAAAAACUAUAGUAAAUUGAUGGUGCAGCCUCUUAAUAAAAGCAACUAUUUUGCAUCCUUCCCCAGUAAUCUGGUAUCAUUAGAGGAUGGUCAGCAGGAGAAUGAGCAAAAUGAUUUCAAUAAACCACCAUACUGGUUCAAUGCAAAAGGCUUUUUGGAGAAACACCAUGCUACUAGUAGAGAUCUGAGUAUGAAGACUCCUGAUACUGAUGAUCAAAUGAAAUAUCAGCACUUGGCCAAGGAUAACAGUGUACCACAUGAGAAUCAUUUUUCUAGUACUCCUUUCUUUAGAAAAGAUGACUUCAGCAGUUUAAACAAGCUACCUCUGUUUACUCCCCAGAGCCAGAAAAUUAACUCGGGUGAAGGAAAUGAUUCCAGGAGUAACUUUAACAGCAAACUGGAGUCAGAAAAGGAUGAUGAUAAUGGUUCUGUGCUGCCUAGUGAAAUUUUGCAACGUGGUAUUUUGUUUGAUGCCAUUAGAACCAAUAUUUCUGAGCAUGUACAUGCUAUGCAUGUGAACUCAGAAAAUAUGUUACUAGACCAUAAUGGCAUUGGUCAACCUGUUGCAAUUGAAUCACAAGCCUACAACCAGGAGGCAGAUUCCCUGAAGAAUGAGAUUUCUGUUUUGCAGGAUUCAAUUGCAAGCUUAGAAUCACAACUUCUGAAGGUGUCCAUGCGGAAGGAGUUUUUGGGAAAAGAUUCUGCUGGGCGCCUGUACUGGGUUUUUUCCAGGGCAGGUACAUCUCCAUGGGUAGUUAUUGAUGGGAGUAUGAUGGCAGGGCUGAGGGGAGGUGAAGCAAAAGAGCAUGAAGACACACUAGCUAACAAUUCCACUCUAAGGGGCUCUUUUCCAUGUGGCAGAGAAAAAAAAUUUAGCUCAAGGGAAUUUAAUAUUUCCAACCGGCACAUGCAUGACCAGGAGUACAGCAUCCCCAUGUCUUUUCCAUGGGUUUCUUGUCAAUCCAAUGAUGAAAUUGAAGAACUCAUUCAAUGGCUGAGAGAUAAUGAGCCAAGAGAGAGAGAGCUGUUGGAAUCUAUUUUGCAGUGGCAGAGAACCAAAUAUAAGGACUCCAACAAAGCUAAAAGUUAUGUUAAGGAUGAGCAACCAACUUCCUCAAAGACCAAAAAUAGCGAAAGAACUCUUGAUUAUCUUAAGACCAGGGCUGGGACUAUCCUGGAGAAGAAGUAUGGCCCUUGCAUGGAGCUAGAAGCCACUGACAUCCCAAAGAAGAGAUGCCCAAACUCAUUAGUAAGGUGUGAACAAAGAAUGCAUAGGUGUGAAUGCCUUGAGCCUAUAUGGCCUUCCAGAAAACAUUGCCUCACUUGUCAUCAAUCAUUUUCCACCAGUGAGGAACUGAAGGGUCAUGAUGAUAGAAUCUGUAGUUCAGGUGCUUCUGCCUCUGAAAACAGCAUGGUGAAUGAUGAAUCUGGGAAGGGUAAGAUGAUGAUGAACACUGAUGCCUUGCAGGAGCACUCUGAUGAUCUAGGAAUGAUUGGAGCAUCAAAAAGUGAAAAGCAUGAGACUGUCUCUGGGUUGAUUAAUUUUGACAAGGAGUUGAUAUGCCCAUUUGAUAUUGAGGAGAUCAGUACGAAGUUCAUUGUUAAAAGCUCUAAUAAGGAAUUGGUGCGAGAGAUAGGGCUUAUUGGUUCAAAUGGGAUCCCAUCAUUUCUACCAAACACAUCUCCUUACUAUCUUAAUGACCCCACGCUAAUGUUGCUGGCCAGGGAAAAUGAGGUUAAUCCACAUAAGAAGUCCUUGAUUAUGGAAAAUCAACUCCAACAAGGUCCAGAAAGGAAUAUGGCAGCCGGUAUAAAGUAUUAUCAUCCUUCCAAUGAUUCUACCAGAAGAUGCUCUAUGGAUGGCAUUGGUGAAGCAUUUUUAGAAACUGAAAAAUUGAGAUUGAAUUGUAUAAAUGGAAGAGAUCAGUCCUCUAGUACAAAUCAAACUUCAGAAGGGGGUUUGGGUAAUUGCUGCAUCAUUAAUGAAUCUUCAUUGAAACCACUAGAGGGCUGGGCUUCUCAAUUUCUGAGGAAGCUUAAGAUUGAUCUGCUUGAUAUGGAUGCUGCACUACCUGAAGAAGCAGUAAAGCCUUCAAAUGCUAGUUUGGAAAGAAGAUGUGCAUGGCGUGCAUUUGUUAAAUCUGCCGUGUCAAUAUUUCAGAUGGUUCAGUCAACAAUUAUACUAGAGAACAUGAUUAAGACCGAGUACUUGAGGAAUGGGUGGUGGUAUUGGUCAUCACUCUCAGCUGCAGCCAAGAUAUCUAAUAUUUCGUCCCUUGCUCUCCGCAUAUACACCCUUGAUGCUGCCAUUGUUUAUGAUGGGCCCUUGCCUGGAUGUAGUUCCACAGAAAUUGAAAAGCUGGGCAGUGAGUCAGACAAAAAGUUGCCCAUCUAUCCAAAUCCCACCAGUAAUCCAAAAUCCAACAGCAGGACAAUUCAAAAAACAUCCAAUUCGGAUUCAACUGACAGGCCCAAACCUAGAAGCAAAUCAAGCAAGAAAAGGAAAGACUGAGGCAGUUGAGCUCAGACAGGAUGACUUAUUUAUCUCACUGGCACAUCAAGUUAAAAGAACAAAGUUCGAUGGCAUCAGAUAAAUUGCUGCCAUGCAGCCUCUCUGUGUACAUAAGAAGCAAGGCUGACACACACUAACAUGGGUUGUUGGAUAGCAAAGCAGAGUCCAUUGGCGUAGUUUUAUGGAGGCAAAGGAAUGUAUUUGCUGGCAAUUUUGGUACAGUUAUCAUCAGAACUAGAGAGAAUCAGAGUCAGGUCUUCUGAAGACUGGAGUCAUCUUCUGAAGACUGAAGUCCUCAUUCGUGUACAUACCAUUGUAAAAAGAAAAAAAAAAGUGUAGUUUAAUCCUAUCAUUCUUUUGUCUUUUUUUCA